UACCCGCUAGUUCGACAAAACAUCAAUUGACGGGUUUUCUAUAGUAAUUUCGUCGAUUACUUCCUACAGUACUUACUUAUGUAUCCACUAGUAUAAUACGAAUGAUACUAUUGAUACUAUUCAUAGCAUACACCAUUAAUGAUUUUGAUUUAAGGGUAUGUACUUAUUUCAGUAUCCCAAAGUAAAUGAACGGUUCGUCGAUUGUAUCAACUGCGCCUUACCAUGGGAUACUUAAGUAAGUACACAUAUUCUUUUUUUCUCUUUGUUCGAUUCCGUUAUUUUCUGGAAUGUGUGUGAUGCAAAAAAAAGCUUGGUGGUUGACAAAUUUCAUUUACUCUUUGAUCAACAAUCCAAGUGUUUAGUCAUAAAUUGUGUGUGCUCCCACCAGUGAAGUAAUAAAAUAUAAAUUGGUUUGUAAAAUUUGACAGUUUUGUGUUUUUGUUUAAAGAUGCUGACUUAGUGGAAACUGAAACAGAACAAGUGGAAGAAUUGGAAUGUAAUAGUAAUGCACAAGAAAACUAUAUAGCAUGUCUUCUUCACCGAGCCCACCAAAAAAAAUAAAACGCGUAACAUUAACACCCUAUUCUGAAAACAUACCUACAUCAAAUACUAACCUCAAUGAUGUUUUAAAGACAAUUGAGGGUGUCAAAAAGGAUACAGAAUCCUUACAAAACCAAUUUAACGUCCUUCAAGGACAGAUCAAGUUUGUUGCAGAAGCACUGGCUGAAAAUAAAGUAUUAUUGACCAAAAUUUUAAAGCAAACAUACGAAGAAAUUCCGGUAAUACAGAAGUUUCCAAUAAAAUCUGAAGAACAAUUAAUUGAAAUUGACAAGGAAAUAAAUGCUGAAAAUAGAAAUCAAUAUAUAAAAGCACUGAGAUCAAUGCUAGAACCAGCCGGUGUUCACAAAAACUUAAAAUGCAUCCUAAACGACAAUGUUACCAUGGCCUACAAUGUCGACGGUGUUCAAGGGAAGAAAAGUUUUAAACAACUUAACAACUUUUAUGGUGUUCUGUUAGAAGCGGUCUCAAUGGCCAAAACAAAUAAUAUUGGUCCAGCGGAUGACCAAAUUCGGAAGGCAAUUCAAUUGCAGAAAAGGAGAAUUUUUAAAAAUAUGUCGGUGCAAAGACAUGCUGAUCAAAAAUAAGCCAGACAAAUAAAUUUCAGACGUUUAUUUUCAUUAUUUGAAGUAUUUUUGGUUUUGUUUUAAAUAAAUAAUUUUGUAUUUUUUGAAUUAAA